AGGGGGAUGGCACCCCAGUGGCCUUGAAGGAGUGCUACAUCCCACUAAAUCCUGUCCGGUUCUCACCCGUUAUGUUGGCUGCCAUGGAAAACGUUUCUCCAUCGGCUCUUGGCGAUGUUCACACAGGCGACGAGUUACAGACAAAGCCUGUGGGACAUCAAAAGAAACCAGCUGUCUUGAAGACUAGGCAUGCAAGACAGCAGGUUUCACCCACACCACGCGUAACUUCCCCUGCUGCUGGUGUGGAGCCUGUCACUCCUAAGAAGAAUGCCGAGGCAACACAAGACCAAGUGUUAGUCUGUGAUGUGCCGCGUUCUACCUGUCCUGGGGAGGCGACCGAGGGUCCUGUGCCGGAGGAGAGAGACGAUGGACAGCGCACCCAAACGUUACCCCGAGGUCAAGCUGUUAACCCCAUUUCUUGCGUGUGUUCACAGGGUGUGCCUAUGUCUCUUGUUCCUGGGACAGUUGUUGAUAAUUGUAACUGUUUUAGAUGUAGAUACUAUAACUGCAACUAGUGUUGUUGCAGGUAUAAAACAUUUCAUUUCUCCCAUUUGUACCUGGAAGUCGUUAGAUGUGGAUGAAAUUGUGGUUGAAGGUCGGAAGUUAGGUGCAUAUAUAGCUUCUGAAAGAGCGAAGACAGGCAGAAAGAACAAGUUGUGUGAGUUGGUGGAGGAGCAGAGCAUCUUUGGUAGGAAGUGGAAAAUAAGGAUGGGUACGUUUGCUCGUGGUAAUUUAGAUUUUGGGCAGGAUGCAGAAUUGGGUAAAGUGCUGAAGGAGUAUUUGUUGCGAGAUGGAAUGUGUAUCCUUGAUCUUCAGGAUGCAAUCAUGUUGAUUAUCCAGCAUAACGAGUACUUUGUAGUUGUGGACUGUGGAGUACGAAAUUCACAGGGGUUGGCAUCAGAAGUUGGUACAUCUGUAGUGGUUUUUAAUACGUGUUUAAAUGAUUAAAUGCUUCAUAUAAUGAAUAUCAGCAAAUCAUUAAAUGCAAAUCGCUAUGGAGUUUGUACCAUUUCUGUGGAACUGGUAUCCAUUAAUAAGGAUACAUGUGCAGCAGUGAUUGCUGACAAACAGGCUAUAGAUGCAUGCCAUGGUGGCAGUGCAGUUAGCAAUGUGAGGUCACUUAGUGGAUCCUUCCAUCAGGGUGAUGGUCGGUUUAAAUAUGGUGGUGUUCAGUGUGCAGCUGUAAGUGUUGUUGCUCUAGCAGAACACAAAGUCAACUGUCUUUUCAUGGGAUUCAGACAUUUUAGAUAAGGUAGUAGUUUUGGGUGAUGAGCUGUACACAUUUUUGCGGGACAAUAAUAUGAUUAGUGGUGGGAGUGAGCUUCUUUCAGUUCCAGACUUGCCAAAGCACAUAGAUGUUGAUGGGCAGACUUUUGAACUGAACUAUGGGGACUUUGUUGCUGGAGAUCUACAUGUUCUCCAGGGAGAUUUCAUAGAUGCUGGAAUCAACACCACUUUGCGUGAAGGAUUGCAAGAGAAGUGUCCAAAAUAUGAGACUUGUUUUCUGACUGUAAAAGGAAACACUUGUGCCCUUAUCAGUCAGAGAGGACGUUAUGCUGUGGUAGACUCCCAUGCUCGUAACUCACAUGGGAUGGUAGAUGCCAAAGGGAAGAGCAUUGUUUUGUAUUUUAGCAGUCUUGAGCAGGUCUUUUAUUAUAUUAUCACGUUUGCUGGACAACCAAGUGAUGGUCCUGCAUUGUUUGAACUUAGUGGGAUCUGUGUGAAUAAAAUGGACAAUGAGGAAUGUUUCAUUGAACUUGGUGAUGUUAGUACAGGAAGUCAGCGUGGUUGUAGCUCUGUUGAAUUUGUGUGUGUUGAGGAAGAACAGUGUACAAGUCUUGAAAAACCCAGGAAGUGUAAAAUGGCUACACAGUGUUCCAGUUUUAAAAAGAUGAAGAUGACUGAUGUUGAUCAAGUCAAUUCAGAUGUAGUGUUUGUCAGCAGUGUGAGAAGUAGAAGUUUGAUGUUUAAUCCUCUUUCACAAGUGGUUGCAGAGACUGUGUGCAAACAAUUGAAUGUAGAUUGUGAAAAGAGUGAGUCAGUGUCUUGCUUGCUUGGAGAGCUAGGAGUGCCUUGCAUGAUGGACAAGAUUGUUCCUGAUGGAAAUUGUUUCUUUCGGGCUGUAAGUCAAGCGGUUAGUGGCACACAGAAAUGGCAUAGGAAAAUUAGACUUGCUGUAGUGAAGCAGUUGGAGAGGAAUCCUAACUCGUAUAAGAAUAUUUUGAGAGCGGAGUUUUCCUCUGUUGCUGAUUAUAUUAAUCGGUCAAGGAUGCGAUAUGUUGGUAGCUGGGCAACUGAAGUAGAAAUUCAAGCUGAGAUAAGAUCUUUUCAGCGGGACAAGCUUAUGUAGCAUUGAGUCGUGUUAGAAACCUGUCAGGGCUUGUGAUUCAGGAGUUUGAUGAGAAGAUGAUUUAUUGUAAGGAGGACAUAAAGGUUGCCCUUAAGGCCAUGUCACCUUUAAUGAUGGAAAAUGUGUUGGGUAGUUUAAAUUUUAAAGAUUUUAGUAUAUUUUUGCUGAAUGUGCAAAGUUUGCCUGGACAUGUGGCUGAUUUGGCCUCUUGUAUAAAGCAGGUUCAGCCUAGUUGCAUUGCUGUGAGAGAAACAUGGCUGCCUGCAGCUUUUGCAGCUGAUACGGUAAAGAUUGCUGGCUACAGUUUUAAGAACUGUCCACGAAGUUUAUCGUAUAACUGCAAUAUUCCAGCAUUAGUGGAAUUGCAGGGGCAACAGCACGGUGGAGUUGGCAUGUAUUGCACUGAUGGUGUGGCAUAUGAAGUUCUGAGUGUACCAGAUGUUAAUUUGGAGUGUCUGGUUUAUCACUUUCAGAGCUUCAGUAUUGUUGUGGCUGUUGUUUAUCGCCCACCGUCGUAUCCUUUGUCACUGUUUAAGAAGAACUUGGGCAAGUUACUUUAUUGGCUUGAGCCACUAAGUGACACAGCUGCAGUGAUUGGAGAUUUAAAUGAUGAUUUUUUGAAAUCAUCUAAUGUCUCCAAAUUUGUGACAGAGAGAGGCUAUGUUCAGGAAGUGAAAGAGAGCCAACAACGGAGAGUGGCACUUUAAUUGAUCAUGUUUAUGUGAAAUCUUCGGUGUAUGAUGUAGAGGCAAUUGUUGUGCCGACAUAUAUUAGUGAUCAUGAGGCCAUAGUUUCAAUUUUUAACUGUAGUAUCAGUAGAUAAUAGUGAACAGUUUUUUAAUGUAUUUGGAUGGAUAGUUUUAAAUGUAAAAAUACAUUUUCGAUAGAGAUUGACAUUUUGUAUGCAAUAUAUAAACUGUUUGUAAUUUAUUAAGGUUUCGUUUCCUCCAUUAAGACAGCAUUUAUUGCCAAACAAAUUGACAAAAGUUGAGCAUGUUAUGAAUCCGACAUGCUUUAUUAAUAAUUGUGCUGGGUUAUAAAAAUGUUUUUAAUGUAAUUGGAAAUGUAACAUUAAAUAUGCUGUUCUUGAUGGAGGUUUUGCUUUACCUUGUCAUGUUACCCAAAAAAGCAAAAGGCACUGGUAGUGGUACUCUCAAUUUUGGGACGGGGUUCAACUCCCUGUGGUGCCUUGCUGGUUGUGUUGACAAUGGCAUGUGAAAUGUUCUAUAUUAUAAAAGAAAUGACAAACCCUAAAAUAUUGUAAUUGCUGUUAACACCUUUUUAACCUGUGUAAUUUUUGGCUCUGUUGAAGGUACUCCUGGAUCAGUGCUUCUGUGUUCUUUUGUGUGUACUGUCUUCUCAAACCCCCAGUCAGUCAUGUCAGAUGGCCUCUCAGGGAGGCUGGUACUGGUUGCACUAGAUGUUUUUUUUCAUGCUAAAGAGGAGUUUAUCCUGUCCACUGCCACUACAUGCUUGCUCAGUAUGAGGGAUGACUGCCAACUCAAGGACACUGCCAUCAACCAUCCAUUUGCUACAUGCUCAUCCAAGAAGAGUGAACACUGCAAGUCAAUGAUUCGAUGCAAGCUGCUGUUUCCUUUACAUAGAAAACAUGUAAAGAAGUACAAUAAUAAACUGAA